GCGCUCCCCGCCAUCCUUUGCCGCCCCGCGCCCGGCCUAUUUAUAGGCCCCCUCCUCGCCUUCUUCCUCCUCACCAAGCAAGCACACCAGCCUCCUCAGUCCUCACAGCAUCCUCUCAGUCCUUAGCUUCCUUCCCUCGCCGCCACCCACCAAGGAAAGGAGGAUGUCUUGCUGCGGCGGCAACUGCGGGUGCGGCGCCGGCUGCAAGUGCGGCAACGGCUGCGGCGGGUGCAAGAUGUUCCCCGACGUGGAGGCCACCGCCGGCGCCGCCGCCAUGGUCAUGCCCACCGCCUCCCACAAGGGGAGCUCCGGCGGGUUCGAGACGGCCGGGGAGACCGGCGGCUGCGACUGCACCACCUGCAAGUGCGGCACCGCGUGCGGCUGCUCCUGCUGCAGCUGCAACUGAGCCGGCGCCCAGGAGGCCGGCCGGCAGAGGCGAGCACGAGGAUGAGGAGGACAAGCAAGCAAGCACCAUCACCACCAGUUCACCACCACCCAGCGUAUCAUCACCAGCCGCCGCAUGCGCUCGCGCGCGCGCGCGCUGAAUAAAAUAAAACCACCGUUCGUGUUCCGUAGUUCUGUAUGCCCCUGUCGCGUGUGUUCGACCAGUACUGUCCUUCCUCAUGCCUCCACUUCUAAUGAAUAUAUGGCGCCUCAACUUUGAAUGA